AUGUCCCACACCAUCACCUUCAUUGGAUCAGAGAAUCCUAACUGCUUCACUAGUAACUUCCUUGAAGUUCCUGACCCAGCUCUUGUAAUUGAAUCUGAGUUGGUCAACAAUUGCUUGCCUCUUGGGAACAUCUUUGAACUUCAGGCCAACUCUACAGGUCCUGAUGUAGUGACUGUCUUUGGAAGAGAGGAUUCCGGACCAGUCUCUCAGUUUCAUUCAGUACAGGUGACUCUGUUUGGAGGAGUGUUUGAGUCAGAGGCCACCGUCAGGAAUGAUCAGCUCACAAUCUCCACCAGUAGUGGCAGUGUGUUUGGCUAUCCAGCUGAGCUGACCAUCACUGCACCUUCCAACAAGACUGACUGGCAGGAUCUGGAAUUUACUGUGGACAGUUCUCUACUCUCAGGCAGUGGCAGCUUUAUAGAGAGCCUGAGUGAAGUGGUUACAAGGAAGCUGAGAAUGCUGGCCGAAUCGGCAAAUUCACGACGAGAAGUAGCUCAGAUGUCUCUUAAUCAGUCAGAAGAGAGGCUUCUUGCUAUUGAGGAACGAUACAACCAGACAGUUGCAAAUUUGUCCGUGGCUGAGCAAAAGAGAGAUGCUGCUAGUAGAAUAGCCACAAUGAGCUAUCGAGAGGUAGAGCAGCAGUUGAAUGACAGUCAAGAUCUGCUACAGGACAGUGACAAAUUGUGCACUGAAGAGAUUUGUAUAGAUGUUUGUAUGCCUGGAGUAGUGUGCAGGCACUGCUCCAAACCUUACUUCCUACGAAAGACCGUCAACAAUUGCAUUGUCAGAGUCUUUAACUCUUUAGUCGAAAGCACAUGUUGUGAGAAUGUGACGUGUGCUGUGAGAGCACCAGAUCCCUCGUGUAUUGCAAGGAAUGAAAUGUGUGGAGCCAUGCAGCACCAGAGUGCUGUAGACAGUUUACAGAACAGGAGAGACGUGUUUCAGGAGUUUCUUGAAGCUCAGAGGAACCUGUCUUUGGCCAAAGCUGCACAGAAUAGGGCAGGAGAUGAGCACAGCAUAUAUGAGAAUAGGGCGCGACAGCUGGUUGUGAUGUUAGAGAAACUUCGAGAUGCACACAAUAAUUCUCUGACAGUUUAUGAAAGAACACUGGAAAGUGCUGAACCUCUGCUGAGACUCUUUGGAAUUGGCCAUGGCAGUGGAUAUCAGAAUGUCUUUAGCAUCAAUCAUGUCACAUUCAAUACAAAACUGACAAACAGUCCAACAUCCUUGGCCUUCAAUGUGGUGUUUCAGAAUCUGAUAGACAACAGUGGAACUGAGUACCGAGAAUCAUACCUGUACAUUUCAAGACAACCAGAAGCAGUCAACCUUGAAAGAAUGGCUGAUGGCAUAAUAGACACAGCAUUCAUUGGGGAGUCCAAGCGUGGCACGUUGCCACAGACAAGGCUGAGGAGACAGACAGCAGCAGCAGCUGUGGCAGGAACAGAAGGAACCUGA